CCUAUUCAUAUAUGAUUACUAUUGACUUCAUUUCAUUGUUAAAUUGUGACACAAAUAUUACUUUAUUAUUAUUGGUGUGUAAUUCCUAACAACGGUUUUAUUGAAAUACUGUGUAUUUUGUGACGACUCGGACGAAGAAGUUGACGACGAGGGCGACGACGAAGACGACGACAAAGAAGAAGACGCGGCCAUAAGAAUCCAAUCCCAAUACAGAGGAUAUAAGACAAGGAAAGAGUAUAAAGCAAACAAAAAAACCACAGAAGAAGCCGAAGAAGAAGAUAUCAUGAAAGCCGAAGAGGGUAAUAACGAGACGGACGAGCACAAGGCUGCGACCACAAUUCAGGCGGGCUUUAAGGGGUAUAAAGUGCGCAAAGAGAUCAAGAAACAGGGCUCAGGAGAUAAGGACUCGGCGGAGGGCUCGCCCGAGAAGAAGGCCGCCGACGAGCAGACAGUUGCCGAUGAAAUUGCCGAUAUAGACCUAAACGAUCCCGAGGUAGAGAAGGCGGCCAUCAAAAUACAGGACACGUUUAGGGGAUAUAAGAAACGACGGGAACCUAAUGACGACAAAUGAUUAGCCG